CAGGCGCUAUACCAUGGCCAUCAAGUGGAUAAUUUUCGGCAUAAAUAUUCAAAAUUCUAUCAAAGUUUUACGUCACUUGGAAGUCGGACUAGAAUUGGUGACAAUGACGCUAGAAGAAUAGCUGUAGAUGAAGCCAUCGCAAAUGAGUUCGAAUAUUUCUUUAGCCUCAAUUCCGACGCACAUUUGGAUAAUCCUGCCACCCUAAAAAUCUUAAUUGGCGAAGGUAAAAAAGGAAUUAUUUCACCCAUGCUGAUACGUCCAUAUUCUGGCUGGUCCAACUUUUGGGGUGCUAUUAACCACGACGGGUAUUACGCCAGGUCAAAAGAUUAUGUGAGCAUUGUUAAACGAAAUGUAACAGGAGUAUGGAAAGUCCCAUUUUUAUCCGGAGCGUAUCUCAUGAGUUAUGAUAUUUUUAGAAAUUCUACUCUUCGACCAAAAUACACGAAUAAUUUCCUAAUUCCGGAGUUAGCAUUUUGUUUAAAUAAUAGAAUCAGGAAUAUUCCUAUGUUUGUCUCAAACGUGGUGGAAUUUGGACAUUUGAUUAAUUCAGACAAUUUUGACAUUACACGAAUACAUGCCGAGUUGUAUGAAUUAUUCGACAACCGAUACGAUUGGGAGAAGAGAUAUCUACACGCGGACUGGAGUAGUGUUCUCAAUGUGAAUCAGUCUUUGGUCGAAAUUAUGAAAAAUCCUGAAACAAUGCCCUGCCCCGACGUUUUCUGGGUCCCUUUAGUCACCCCAAGUUUUUGUGAGGAACUUAUCGACGAAAUGGAGGUGUAUGGAAAAUGGUUUAUGGGGCUAAAUUAUGACCAUCGUGCCGAGGGUGGCGCCACGGAGGACGCUCCAACGGUGGACAUUCACCUGUAUGAGAUUGGAUUUGGAGACGUUUGGUUAGAAUUUCUUCGCCUGUACGUCGUUCCACUACAAGUUAAGCUAUUCAUGGAUAAUUUACCAUACCCACCAAUCGCUAAAAUGAACUUUGUCGUCCGCUAUAAACCUGAUGAACAGGCGUAUCUAAAGCCUCAUCAUGACAAAUCCACCUACACCGUAAAUAUCGCGUUGAACAAGGGAGGAGGAAUUGAUUUCGAGGGUGGAGGAUGCCGAUUUACACGGUAUAAUUGUUCCAUUGAUCAUUCCAAAGUUGGACACGCUUUGAUCCAUCCAGGAAAAUUGACACAUGAACACGAAGGUCUAUCAAUAUUGAGUGGAACCAGGUAUAUCCUUGUCUCAUUUGUGGAUCCCUAAGCAAUGGAAGAAUUAAUGCUCAUUAAUUAGAAUCAAGAUUUAAAAUAAAGAUAUAAAUUACCAAUAUGUACAUAUGUACAUUCAGCUACAUUUACAGAUACCACUGCUAAUGAGUAGUUCCACAGAAUUUGUACAUUUGUACCCGCAUGCAUGUAUGAAUAUAUGUAUGUACCUACAUAUGCACAUUUUUCUCUAAAUAUAUCACGUUGUAACGAAA